AUGGCAGAAUCCCACCUGCAGUCGUCUCUGAUCACAGCCUCACAGUUUUUCGAGAUCUGGCUUCAUUUCGACGCUGACGGAAGUGGUUACCUGGAAGGAAAGGAGCUGCAGAACUUGAUCCAGGAGCUCCAGCAGGCGCGAAAGAAAGCUGGAUUGGAGUUAUCACCUGAAAUGAAAACUUUUGUGGAUCAGUAUGGGCAAAGAGAUGAUGGAAAAAUAGGAAUUGUAGAGUUGGCUCACGUAUUACCCACAGAAGAGAAUUUCCUACUGCUCUUUCGAUGCCAGCAGCUGAAGUCCUGUGAGGAAUUCAUGAAGACAUGGAGAAAAUAUGAUACUGAUCACAGUGGCUUCAUAGAAACUGAGGAGCUUAAGAACUUUCUAAAGGACCUGCUAGAAAAAGCAAACAAAGUUGUCGAUGACACAAAAUUAGCCGAGUAUACAGACCUAAUGGUAAGACUUGAAAAGACUGUAUGUAGCCAAGGGCUCAUGAAAUAUUACGAUGUUAUUGCUAAUUCCCAAGGAAUGAACAGAAAAGACAUCUGCCAAAAACUAAAACAGGAUCUGGAUAUUAAUAAUAUUACAACAUACAAGAAGAACAUAAUGGCUUUGUCGGAUGGAGGAAAGCUGUACCGAACGGAUCUUGCUCUUAUUCUCUGUGCUGGGGACAACUAG